GGCACUCAAAUAGAUCUUCGCGACGACGCGGCGACUGUCGAGAAGUUAUCGAAAAACAAACAAAAGCCCAUCACUUCAGAAGCGGGCGAAAAGUUGGCCAAAGAGUUAAAAGCCGUUAAAUAUGUCGAGUGUUCGGCACUGACACAGAGAGGGCUCAAGAAUGUGUUCGAUGAGGCGAUUCUGGCGGCACUCGAACCGCCCGAACCUAAGAGGAAGAAGACGUGUCUUAUUCUGUAGACUAAUAACCCAACAGUUAAUCCUUUUUUUCCACAAAUAGUUUUGUAAUGAAUAACUCUUCGAUCAGGAAUUGUGUUAAAUUGAAGUUCUGCUCAUUUCUUAACAAAUUGAGUGAAAUGUCACCAAUAAUUGAAUGAUAUUUCAAUUAUAUAUUCUUUUUUAUGUGAUUUAUAACGAAGUUUAUUAUCUCAUCGUAUUUACCACUCAUUAAACCCUUAAAAGGCCUCAAUUCGGGCG